UUCAGAGUCCUCCACCUCUGCAGUCAGUUCCGUGGUUCUCCACCAGGUCUGAGAUCUGAGCCCCAGCCAACCCGGUCACAGCAGACGUUUCUGCAGGAUUCCUUUCUGAGCACCUUGAAGAUGAGCAUCCAGACGCCACCCACACUCCUGGUGCUGGCAGCAAAGCGCCUGCUGAGGGACCAGGCCUCGGCCAUUGCCGCUCUGGAGUACCUGCCCGCCGAGCUCUUCCCGUACCUGUUCGCCAUGGCCUACCGUGGUGGAGGCCACCCCCAGCUACUGAAGGCAUUGGCCCAAGCCUGGCCCUUCACUGUCCUCCCUCUGGGGUUCCUGAUGCAGCGUCCCCCUGAUCAUGCCCCAAAGAGGGCCGCGGACUUUGAAGCCGUGUUUGAAGCGCUUGACGUUCUGCUUUUCCAGGAGGUUCGGCCCAGGAGGUGCAAACUGCGGGUGCUGGAUUUAAGGAACACGGGUGCCAACUUCUGGGAUAUGUGGCUUGGAGUCAGCACCGAGAAUUGCUCACCGACAGGACCAGUGACUGUGCAUAGCUCCAGCCCCAACAUGGAGCAUCCCCUGGCUCCCUUGGAGAUGCUCAGGCUGCGGCACCUCCGGGAGCUCGACAUGCGUUCUCCCUCCUUCCUCCGAGGCCGUCUGGACCAGAUGCUCAGGUGCCUGCAGACUCCCUUGGACAAACUCUCCAUAACACUUUGCCAGCGGCUGACGCAUUCAGACCUGACACACCUGUUCCAGUGCCCGAACCUCAGGCAGCUGAAGAUCCUGGAUCUAUUUGGCCUCAGCCUUGCGGAUUUCAGUCCCGAGCCCCUGCGAGCUCUGCUGGAGGCAGUGGCACCCACCCUCCAGGACCCGGGUCUGGAUAACUGUGGGAUGGCGGGCUCCCAAGUCGAGGCCAUCCUGCCUGCCCUGAGCCGCUGCCACCAGCUCAGCCUCUUCUCCAUCUCUAUAAACAACUUCCCCGUGGCCACCGUGGAGAAGCUGCUGCGCCACACAACCGGGCUGCGCAGUUUACAGCUCGAGCUGUACCCCGUUCCCCUGGAGUGUUACAGGACCCGGGGGACUGUGGACCAGGAGAGAGUUGCCCUGAUCCAGGCUGAGCUCACGGGGAUACUGAGGGAGUUAGGACGACCCAGGAGAAUCCUGCUUGCCACCAAGCACUGUAGACAUAGGGAGUUUUAUCACGUGGCAUUUUCAUGA